UCAGAUUCUCCUUCGGUCGUAGUUUCACCGAGCGAUGCGCACGCUAAAUAAGCGUAGAAUAUCGAGCACAACGUGAUUGAUUGUUUACAACAAUCUGUGUCAAGAAAGUGAGAAGUGAUGGCACCAAAUGCAUCAAAUGAAGGGAGUAAUCCCAUGCAAAGAAGAAAGCAGUACAUAUCAUCAAAAUUGAAGAAAUACUUAUCGGUGUCUUUACUCGUCCCUAUAAUUUUUCACAUCGCCAUGAUCGUCAUCGGAGCCAUGAACAUGAAGAAAUGUCCAGUUGAAAAGAAUAUUCCAAUAUACCUCUUGUCAGCAGGUAUUCUAGGAAUCGCUACAAAAAUUCUGGGUAUAGGAAGAAAUUUCAUCAUCAAAUACAUCAGUUUUGACACCAUAAUGAGCAUUAUAUACACACUGGAAUUUGUAUAUUUUUUACUUGGCUCAUACUGGGUGUACAAGGAAUACAAACCAAGCUUCGAUCCCAUGGCUGGAAACGCUUACUGCGAUAAGACUGCCUUCAUGUUCGCCUUCAUAUACAUCACGAUGAUCUAUGUUCUGAUGAUCUUCUUCCUUGUACUUGUAUGUUGCUGCGUUGCUGGUGUCGUUGCUUUAGACAAAUUAAUACCCGAAUCCGAAUACGAAGAGACUCCAACUGGUCCAAAUCAACAAGUCCAAAGCGUUUGAAUAUGUAUUUUUAGUUUUUCUAACACUGACUGAAACUUGUUACGAUUUAUUGUGAAUUGAAGAUAUUUUAUGUGUCGUAAUAAAUGUUUAUUUUAAAUAUCA